AUGGCCAAGGACAAGUCUGAGAAGAGGGAGAAGCACGAGAAGAAGGAGAAGCGCUCCGAGAAGGACGGCGUCCACAAGAGCAAAAAGGAUAAGAAGGACAAGAAGGACAAGACUGUCCUGUCCGAUUCCGUGCUGAAGGGAAUUGAGCAAGAGAUCUCCGCCAACACCCCUGUCAAUGGUAUCGUCAAGACCGAUGAGGAUGCCAUUAUCGACCGCCCCGUCGGAGCCCUCGUACCUUUCGCCAGACCUCUGCUCGAAGACAAGCAAGCCAAGAAAGCCUUGAAGAGUGUAAAGAAGGCUGCCGUCAACAAAUGCCUCAAGCGUGGUGUUAAGGAGGUUGUCAAGGCUCUCAGAAAGUCGCCCAUCCCCGCCCCCAACGAAACCGUCUCGAUCCCUAGCGGAGUUGUCGUUCUCGCUGCGGAUAUCUCACCAAUGGACGUGAUCUCUCACAUUCCCGUUCUCUGCGAGGACCACGGGAUCCCCUACAUCUUCGUCACAUCCCGAGCGGAACUCGGCAACGCCGCUGCAACGAAGCGCCCUACAAGUGUCACAAUGGUCGUGCCCAAGUCCGCCGCGAAGGGCAAGAAGAAGGGUGAUGACGACGAUGAGGAUUUCAGCAAGGUGUUUGAGGAACUGGCCAAGCUCGCUCAAAAAGAGCUUACGCAGGCGAACCUAUAA